AUGGGAUUCUCCAAGCAAGAAUACUGGAGUGGGUUGCCAUUCCCUUCUCCAGGGGAUCUUUCCAACCCAGGUUUCCCACAUUACAGGCAGAUUCUUUACCAUCUGAGCCACAAGGGAAGCCCAGAAAGUGAUGGGAAAAGGCCCAAAAGGUUUGGCAGUACUUUCAAGGCUUCGCUCUCAGGUGGACAGAUUGUAGAUCCAAUGGGAGCAAAUGCUCUAAUUUUAAUGGAUAGCAGUAAGGCUUUCCUUUACAUGCCUCUUCUAAAUCAAUCAUGUCUCAGUCUUAAUUUCACAUUUAUUUUGCUCUGGACUCCCAAAUUCUUUUUAUAA